GAGGACAGACGUCGGGUGACCUCAUCAGCAUCCAAUCGGAACUUUCUGUCAUUUGAUUGACGUCAAUGAGCAACCGUUCUGCUGCAAGUAAAGCGGGACCAAAGGACGGAGGUGGAGCAGGAGAACCAAUCACCAGGGGCAUGCGGAUGAUUGACGUGAGCAGCAACCCAAUAGCCGACAGAAUGGACGACAAAUAUUCAAAAUUGGGUAUGGAAUAACCCAAUAGGACCCAGCAGCAGGUUGAUUGACGGAAACCUAGACCAAUAAUAUUAGGGCUACACGUGAUUGACGUGAAUGAAAACCCUACCCAUUUCCGACAACGAAGGGUUGAUUAGUUGGAUGGAGAUGAUUGACACAGUUUGUGACCAAUGGACGGUGUAACAGGUAGGGUGGGAGCGGAAGCGCAGGCCGCAGGCGGUGGGAGUCAACGAGUCCGGGGCCCGGGGCCGGGAUCGCCGCCGCCGUCAUGGGGAACCGGGGAAUGGAGGACCUGAUCCCGCUGGUCAACAAGCUGCAGGACGCCUUCAGCUCCAUCGGGCAGAGCUGCAACCUCGACCUGCCACAGAUCGCCGUGGUGGGCGGGCAGAGCGCCGGCAAGAGCUCGGUGCUGGAGAACUUCGUGGGCAGGGAUUUCCUUCCUCGUGGCUCAGGGAUUGUCACUCGCCGACCACUCGUUCUGCAGCUGAUCAAUGCAAAAACAGAACAUGCUGAAUUCCUACACUGCAAGGGGAAGAAGUUUACAGAUUUUGAUGAGGUUCGGCAAGAAAUCGAAGUUGAGACAGACCGAGUCACAGGGAGCAAUAAAGGGAUCUCACCAAUUCCUAUUAACCUGAGAGUGUAUUCUCCACAUGUUUUAAAUUUGACUCUGAUCGAUUUACCGGGUAUCACCAAGGUGCCAGUUGGUGACCAGCCUGCUGAUAUAGAGUAUCAGAUCAAGGAAAUGAUCAUGCAGUUCAUCAGCAAGGAGAACUGUCUCAUCUUGGCCGUCACUCCAGCAAACUCUGACCUUGCCAAUUCAGAUGCACUGAAGAUUGCGAAGGAGGUGGACCCACAAGGUUUGAGGAUCAUUGGUGUGAUCACCAAGCUGGAUCUGAUGGAUGAAGGGACCGAUGCAAGGGAUAUCCUAGAAAAUCGUCUCCUGCCUCUUCGUAGGGGUUACAUUGGUGUGGUAAACAGAAGUCAGAAAGACAUUGAUGGGAAGAAAGAUAUUCGUGCAGCCCUUGCAGCUGAGAGGAAGUUUUUCCUGUCACACCCCUCCUACAGGCAUAUGGCUGACCGCAUGGGGACUCCGCAUUUGCAGAAGAUAUUGAACCAGCAACUGACAAACCACAUCCGUGAAACCUUGCCUGCCUUACGGAACAAGCUGCAGAGCCAGAUGCUUUCCCUGGAGAAGGAGGUAGAGGAAUACAAAAACUUCCGGCCAGAUGAUCCCACAAGGAAAACCAAAGCACUCCUCCAGAUGGUGCAACAGUUUGGGGUAGAUUUUGAGAAGAGAAUUGAAGGCUCAGGGGACCAGGUGGAUACAGUAGAACUGUCUGGUGGUGCAAGAAUUAAUCGCAUCUUCCACGAGCGGUUCCCAUUUGAGUUAGUGAAGAUGGAGUUUGAUGAGAAGGAUCUGAGAAGAGAGAUCAGCUAUGCAAUCAAAAACAUCCAUGGUGUUAGAACGGGGCUGUUCACCCCGGACUUGGCGUUUGAAGCAAUUGUGAAAAAGCAGGUGGUGAAGCUGAAAGCUCCGUGUUUGAAGUGUGUGGACAUGGUUAUCCAGGAGCUGGUAAACACAGUCAGACAGUGCACACUCAAGCUCAACUCCUUUCCCAGGUUACGAGAAGAGACGGAGAGAAUUGUAACCACUCAUGUCCGAGAUCGUGAGGGAAAGACCAAGGACCAGAUACUUUUGCUGAUUGACAUCGAACUGUCUUACAUCAACACAAACCAUGAGGAUUUUAUCGGAUUUGCCAAUGCACAACAAAGGAGCAGUCAGCUAACAAAGAAACGGACAGUUCCCAAUCAGGUCAUCCGUAGGGGCUGGAUCACUAUCAACAACAUCAGCCUCAUGAAGGGGGGCUCAAAAGAGUACUGGUUCGUGCUGACAGCAGAAUCGCUCUCCUGGUACAAGGAUGAUGAGGAGAAAGAGAAGAAGUACAUGCUGCCCCUCGACAACCUGAAGCUGAAGGAUGUGGAGAAAGGUUUCAUGUCCACCAAGCACAUCUUUGCACUCUUCAACACUGAGCACAGGAAUGUUUAUAAAGACUACCGGCAGAUAGAGCUGGCCUGCGAGUCCCAGGAGGAUGUGGACAGUUGGAAGGCUUCUUUCCUGAGAGCUGGGGUCUAUCCAGAGAGGGAGAAUGCAGAGAACGAGGAGAGUGGAAACACUUCAGACACAUUUUCGAUGGACCCACAGCUGGAGAGACAGGUGGAGACGAUUCGCAACUUGGUGGAUUCCUACAUGGGCAUUGUCAAUAAGUCGAUCAGGGAUCUGAUGCCAAAGACCAUCAUGCACCUCAUGAUCAACAAUACCAAGGACUUCAUCCACUCGGAGCUGCUGGCUUUCCUGUACUCCUCCACGGACCAAAACAGCUUAAUGGAGGAAUCAGCCGAGCAGGCACAGAGACGUGACGAGAUGCUGCGCAUGUAUCAUGCCAUCAAGGAAGCGCUCCACAUCAUAGGGGACAUCAGCACCAGCACCAUCAGUGCACCCCUGCCCCCGCCAGUCGAUGACUCCUGGCUGUCCACUCAGUCAAGUGGACACAGCCCGAGGCCCCAGCGCCGGCCACACUCAGCAGUGGGACCGCCCAGCAGACCACCUGGGGUGCGAGGACCAACUCCAGGCCCCCCAUUAAUUCCGACCCCAGUGCAGGCUUUUGGAGCCCCUCCCAUCCCGUCGAGGCCUGCUCCCACGAAUGAUGCCUUCGGGGCCCCGCCCCAGAUUCCCUCCCGGCCGGCACGGAUUCCACCUGGACCACCGGGGCUGCCCAGCAGAAGACCACCCGCUGCUCCAAACCGGCCCACAAUUAUCCGGACAGCCGAGCAUUCCCUACUGGAUUAAGCAGUGGGAUUUAUCCUGUGAAGCAUUUUCUUGUAGGCUAUAGUUGAUUAGCCCUACCUUUGCGUGUAUUUAACCGCUGAGGGGCAGUAGCGGUGUGAAGCACAGGAUCCACAGGGCUGCAUUUACCCAAGUGUAAUCCCGACCUCUUGCCUUUUCACACAAGCUGGAAGCACUAAGAUGAUCUUAACUGAACUUUUAUUUAAACAAAGAUUUACCUCUUGGUUUUGUUUCCCCCAACACCAGACUCUAGGAAAUGGUAUCUCUCACUCGCUGCUCCUUUGAUCUGCCCUCUUGAGAAACUUUGCACUUGCCAAAUAAGCAGCAAAAUUGUUUUACGCCUUUGCCCACUCCCUGGUUCACAGUGCCACUGGAUGUGAAUGAGUUAUAACCACAUGACUUGCUGUCUCCGGCUGCCUCUUACAUUGCUACUGCCUCCCAAACCUAAAACCAGUACCUGAGGCGCCAGGCUCCAUCCCAUCACUGUUCCACUGCUACUGCGAGUGAUGGGAGCCUUGAGGAUUCCAGGAUCUUGAAUGAGAUUUGUGGUGUUUAAUGAUCCUGCAAAGUGGAUUUGGGAUCAUGACUUGAAUGCUGUGACAUUGAGUGGUCAGUCAGCAGGGAUUGCUUAAGAGGAAUUGAUGGGAUGAGGGAAUACAGCAGCAACCUACCCCUUUGGACAAAUGAGGGGUUAUAAGGCAGGAAGCAUCUGGUAAGGGGUCGAGGGGAUGAGUGUGAAGCAGUGGUGGUAAAGUAUCAAUGAGUGAGUUCUCAGACUGGGAUGAUCAGUGAGGGACAGAUGAUAGAGGGACACAUGCUGGCAAAAAUGCCCAGGUGUUGAGACCAGAUCCUAGGUGAGCUGCUCUGGGUCAUGCACCAACUGCAAGCAGAGGUUUAUAAGUGGCUAUUGGGUUCUCUGCCAAGAGAAUACAGCAACACAAUUUGAUUACCAUUUGAAUCUUAGUCGCCUUUAAAGAUGUAUGUAAUAUGGAUGAGUUUAGAGUUGUUAUUGAAGGUGAGGUCAUCCUUCUUCCUCAGGGAACUGCCUUGGUGCCUCACUUAUUUCUGGUUAAGUACUGCCAGGGAAAGGGAUUGGUAGAUUGACCUAAAACCACAUCCUGAAUCCAUCCCAUAACUUCCCUUUUAGCUUUUGCAAGCGCAGCUCAGUUGGCUCUGCAAGCUGAGAAAAGAAUAUCAUAAUGGAAAUAGGAUGUCCACAGUGUAGGUGGGACUGGUUAAACUGUGUCUCUUAAUACAAAUUAACCUGCUCUAUAUCUGUACUUUGUCCCUGUUUUCCAGCACUGGUUAUGAAGCUGGAAUCAGUUUUCCUGAUUUAAACUAUUUUCACAAGCAUAAAUUCAUUAUGUAAAUAGCCUGUUCAUUGAUCAUAACAAUAUUCUGUUGUGGGGGCUGUGUGGCCGGGUGUCUGUGUCCUAAUAGCUGCUGCUAAAUAAAACUUAAUCCCCCACAAUGAACUGGGCAUUAACUUCUAGUCGACAGCAUUCUCUGUGCAAAGGAAGUUUACCGUGGGAGUUAAAAUACAGGUCAUCAAGAUAGGACAAAAAAAAGUCAGGAACAGUAAUAGAGUAGAGAUUCCUCUGGUCUGUAAUCAAUUCUCCCUCUCGUCUCCCCAGCCCUGCUUCUGCACUCACCACCCCUAAAACCACCAUAUUCAAAAGUCCAGGGUAAGAUUGUCCAAAGCAGAAUGGAACAGCAUUUGAGAGUCCUCUGUACAUUCGAUGGGAGCGGAAUAAAAGCAAUGUUCACCCAGCCCUGCCCUAGAAAUCAUCUCAAAUAUCCUAAUGGUCUUACUGUCCUGCUGUUGGUGGGAGCAGUUUUAUAUAAAAUAUAUAUAUUAGUUAUUGAAUCAAAACUAAUUUCUCUCACUUUGAGGGAGAAUCUACUGGAGGCACUUGGGUCUAAUCCUUGAAACAUUAUCACUAUCGCAAUAAAGAGAAUGUAACUCGUGCAAUGUGGGGCAGAGGUUCCACAAAGUUUCAGGAGAUUAGCACCAAACUCCUGUUGGUUUUUGUAAUAUAAAUGGCAAAAUCUGAUCACUGAUCUUUCCAUAAACUAUAAUUUCUAGAGGAAAAAAGAUAACUGAAUUAAUUAACUGUUUUACAAAGUAGUGACUGAGACCUUUUGCAAUGAUUAUUUCAUCAAAUGUUCAGAUCAGGGUUCUGCUGCAAUUAACAGAAACCUGAAUGUUCUCUCUCCUGCUGUGUGAUUCUAUUGACUGUUAACUGAUUUGAAAUGAAGUGCCUGCAUUCUGUACGGUAAUGAAUUGAAAUAAAGGGAUCGACAGUAGAAGGA